GUGGAUAUCUCAGACGCUCGCCUAAGUUCUGAGCAUUCCGGUGCAAUGUAUCGAUUUUCUACAAAUGGUAACUGUUACUACUAAUACUAUUUUAUAUCUGUUACAGACACACCGGGUUUCAAUGUCUGGUUUCCUUUUGGUUGGCCAGCUCGAACCUGCUGACUCCCCUACAGUUGAGAUCUCACCUGUUUCAGUUCAGAAGGAUUAAGCAGACUAGUCAGAUAUUCAUCGUCUGUUGAGUAAUGUGUUGGAGGGUGUUAAACAAGGAUUAAUGCCUAUGGAAGAAUGUUUUAUGCAAGGAAAAGACUCCAGUUUUCGCAGUUUAAACGGGAAUGGGACCAGCUAGAUACGGCUUCAUUGUUUAUAGUGUAAUCUUUCUUAUUGGAUGUUUCUUACAGGGGUUUAGCUUAAACGUGGAGCCACGUGAUGUUAUUAACCUCAUCGAGACUCUCAAUACAUCAGAUGGGAGUACAUAUAAAUUUACCUCAGGACCUAAUAACAAUACACUGGCUAUUGAAUUGGAUGAAACCGUUCGACACGUAGCACUGCCAGAACGAAUUGUUGAUCAAGCUUUAACCUUUUUAUCACAACAUACAGAUAUCACAUUUUUAGCAACAGUUCGUCAAGAAAUAGGCGAUUCUGGAAGCAUAAUAGCAUUUUCAUCAAACAUUAUCAGAUUUCUAGAAAUUGAAAGUAGUGGUAGAAAAGAUGAAAUUCGAUUUCAUUAUACACAUGACCAACAAAUCCAAGUGGAAACAUUCCCAUACAGACUAGCUGACAAUCAGUGGCAUAAACUUGCUAUAUCUCUCAGUGCAAAUCAUCUUGUUUUAUUAGUGGAUUGUAGUAAAAUAUAUGAACGUGUGAUAAAAACUAUAGAUAGAACGUUCACAUCAGGGAAAUUAUCACUUUUUUUAGGUCAAAGAAACAGUCAACAUGCACUUUUUAGGGGAUCUUUAUAUGAUGUAAAAAUUGUUACCCAAGCCCAUGGUUAUUUACUACAAUGUCCUAAUCAAAAUACAGAUUGUCCCACCUGUGCUCAGUAUAAAGAUAUGGAACAAAAAAUAGAAGAAAUGUAUAGUUUAUAUAAAAAUAUGUCUAAUAAGCUUUUAAAGGCUGAAGAACGAAUAAGUGGUUUAGAACAGUGUGAAUGUUCAAAAAGUUGUUAUGAUAAUGGAACAAUUCAUAAAGAAGGGGAAAUGUGGGAAAAAGAUAAAUGCACUAGGUGUAGUUGUCGGAAUGGGUCAAUACAUUGUGGUAGUGUAGAUUGUCCGUUAGUAAAAUGUUCUAAACCUGUCUAUAGAGAUGGUACAUGUUGUCCAUUUUGUUUAACAAAUUGUUAUUAUAGUGGGCAAUAUUUUGACCAUGGUCAGGAUUUUAAACCUCGUGUUUGUGUUAAUUGUACCUGUGAUAAUGGAAAAAUGAUUUGUGAACAGCAAGAUCCAGAAGAAAGCUGUCCAAAAUUAAAUUGUCCAGAAAGUGAGAGAUUACAAAUUCAGGGAGAAUGUUGUCCUGUCUGUAAAGGCACAAAUUUUUGUGGCCUUGGACAUAACUGCCAUAUCAAUGCAACUUGUGUUAAUCUUGCCACACGCUAUGCAUGUCAGUGUCAACUUGGAUUUCAAGGAGAUGGCAUACAUUGUGAAGAUAUUAAUGAGUGCUUAGCGGAAGGUGGGAAGACUGGACAUCAUUGCCAUAGCAACACAGUAUGUGUGAAUACGAUUGGUUCUUACGCCUGUCAGUGUUCAGAUGGUCACAACCGAUUGGACGCGUAUAGUUGUGAAGGUGAACUGAUGUUUGGUGAUGGGCCAUCGCUUGAGAUUGAUGAGUGUGCAUCAGGAAGCCACCAUUGUCAUGCUAAUGCUGAUUGUAUAAAUAUUAAAGGAAGUUAUAAAUGCGAAUGUUCUAAGGGUUACCAAGGAGACGGUGUAACAAAAUGUGAAGCAUCCUGCCAUGGUCAGUGUUUAAAUGGCGGGAAAUGUUUGGCACCAAACGUAUGUGAAUGUAGACAUGGUUAUAUUGGCCCUAACUGUGAACUGGAUAUCGAUGAAUGUGGUUUGGGUAUAUCGGCUUGCCAUGGCCAUUCUGUUUGUGUUAAUAUACCAGGAUGGUAUAGAUGUGAUUGUCUGGAAGGGUAUCAUUGUAAUUGGCCUGACAACCAUUAUGGUAGUCUCUGUCUUGAUAUCAAUGAAUGUAUAGGUGAAGGAUCUGGACAUACAUGUCAUACUAGUAUGGAAUGUAUAAAUAUGGAAGGAGGUUAUGAAUGUGCUUGUAAACCUGGUACAGCGUGUAUACCACAUUGUAUCUUUGAAGAAAAGGAAUACGGGAAUUCUGAGAAAUGGUUUUCUACAAAUGACAAAUGUUUACAGUGUUCUUGUAUGUCUGGUGUUACAACAUGUCAUAAGAGGAGCUGUGAUUGUAUGGACCCAGAUGUUGAUUUAGAUUGUUGUCCUCACUGUGAUCUAACAGCGCAGUGUUCGCAUCAAGAAUAUCCUCUUUACAUGCAGAAUGGAGAACAAUGGUCCUUUCAGUGUCAGACAUGUGAAUGUUUACAUGGUGAAGUAGACUGUUGGCCGCUAGAAUGUCCUAAUAUAAUUUGUGAGAAUAUUAUACAAGAACCAGGUGAUUGUUGUCCUAGAUGUAUUGAUGAUAGUCCAUGUACCAAUCUGAAUCUAGAUGUUGGUGGAUUAGAUCAUUCGUCCGAUACAUGUAUCUAUGUAGGUAGAACGUAUAGACAUGGUAAUAGUUGGCUAUUAGAUAGUGAUCCAUGUACUACCUGUGAUUGUAUUGCUGGCCACAUUUGCUGUUCUUUUAACGAAACAUGUUCAGUGGGAGUUCAACUUCAGAAACCAUAAAUCACCACCAAGGGCAAGAGAAGAGACAAACCCUGUUUCUGGUGAGAAUUUGUAAGCUAAAUUUACUAUAUUAUAUUUUGUACAUAAGGACGAUGGAAUGGCUAGUACAAAGAAUGGCAUUUGCUAUUAUUCCUGUGAAACGACAAUAGUGGAGUUGUGAAUUUGAAGAUUUGAAUUGAAAUAUGGGAGUUGUGAAUUUGAAGAUUUGAAUUGUAAUAUGAAUAUAGUACUAAGAUAUAAUAUGCACGUAAUUUAUGUAUUGUUUAUCUGAUAAAUAUUAUUAUAUAGAACGUGUACACAUUGAUAUUAAGGGGAUAAUAUUUCUACCCUUCGAGGUUGUGAUUUAAUGCAUUAUUUUAUUGUGGCAUUUAUUAUAUUUUUCGUAUAAUUAUAUACCAUGUAUGUAAAUUUGAUAUGGUAGACGUUUUUCUUCUUCUUUAUAUAUAUUGUCAAACAGACAAGUGUUUUGCAUAAAUUCGUUCUAACCUAAUUAUAAUGGCUUCGUCAUACGACUGCUCUUUGUCUUUGACUAAAGUAUCUGGAUCAUUAGUUUGCUUUUGAUAACGUAUAAGGUAGAAUUAUUUUUAAUGUAAUAUGAAAUUGAUCUAGUCGCCAUUAUUAUUGGGAAUUGUGUUUCUCACUAGUUUCCAGUGAUUUCUUUUUUUUUUAUCUGAACCUUCCCUUCGGAUAUCUAAAACUUUUUUGUUACCGUAUGAAGCAUAUGAUACAAACCGCUUGUCGUUUUACGGACAGGGUGGCGGUAGGAGGUUGUUAAAAGACUUUUGGGUCAUUGAAGCCUCGGGGCUGCCGCUCUUUGAUACCUAUUGCACAUUUCUCCAAACAAUGAUACCUAUUUGUUUUUUUAAUCAUGCGUGAUAGGCUUGCGGGAACCGAACCCUAAAAAACUUUUGCCUGUAUUUUUCUAAAUACUCAUGGGGUAUUUAAAUAUCAAAAAUCAAAAUAGCCCAAAUAUUUCUACUGCAAUAGCCUCAUUCUUACCAAGACAAUGGCCAUUUUUAUAGGUCUUUUGAUAUUGUUUCCGGAAGUAAUUAGAUAUUUUGUGCAAGGCUUUUUAGUCAUAUGUAUUUAAUUCAUGAAACAAUCUUUUUCACAGAUUUCAGUAUUAUAUAUAGAUUAUUACAUGUAUUACUUGUGCACAUAUAUUAUUUUGAAGUUUAUUGUAUAUUUUUAUUGUUUAUUGUACUGAUAUGCAAUUAUUAUAAUAUUAAUGUUGUUUUGUUAAUAUACUAUAUAUAGACGAAUUGGUUAAAUUAGAGUAGAAUAGUAUUUUUAAAUUUAUUUUAAUGUGCCAUGUUAAAUGAUUUAAUUUUCUUUUAAUUUUUUUGGUGGGUGCCAAAUAGUGAAACAGUGUACAUUUUCAUUACAAAUUGUAUUCUUAUGCGAUAUUUUGUCACAGAUUAUUACAAAAACUGAAAACAUUAAUAACCUGUUAUUUCUGGACAGUAGAUUGAGUGCUUGUUUUAUAUAUAAGUAUUCAAUUAUCCAAAUAUCUAUAUAUUUUGGUGCUUGCGCUGAUUGGUCAAAUGCACUCUGUCGCACACACAGCGAUUGAUCCACUCUUUUAGGCUGUUUGAUAUUUGGCAAUUUGUUGCGGCAAACAUUAGUCGAUAUGCGCUAUUAAUGGGCUCUUUCCAUCAUCAAAACUUGUAUGCUUAUAUCGUGAUGUAAUUGUGAAAAAAACCAAUAUAAAUUUGUGUAAAAUCCAAAUUAUAUCAAUUAAUUCUUAAGUAGAAAUGAAAAUGACAAAGUAAUUCAAUAUCUAUGUUUUAAAGUUUUACUUCUAGUCCAUGAUAGGCUUUGAAUAAAAUUGUACACGCAGA